AUGCUCACUCCCGUUUUGUUUUUCCUUGCAUCUUCUAUAAAGAUCAUUUCUGGGGCAGAUUGGUGCUACCAGUCCCAGGUUAUGUGCAAUGACUCCUGCCCAGGACCUGAAGGAUGGGCAGUGGUUUCGCAGCACUGCAGCGGCAGAGCCCAGUCUCCAGUUAACAUUGUGAGAAGGAAAACACUGCCUGACGAACGUCUCACUCCACUCCAUUUUAUUGGCUAUCAAGAGACCUUUCAUGCUCGCAUCGUAAACACUGGCCACACUGUUCAACUGGACCUGCCUGCCGGCGCAGUGAUCAAAGGUGGAGAUCUGGCUGUGCCAUACAAGGCAAUUCAGCUCCACCUGCACUGGGGCAAAGACGGAGGUCCGGGCUCUGAGCACACCAUUGACGGAGAACAGUUUCCAAUGGAGAUGCAUAUUGUUCACAUAAAGGAAGAAUACAACUCGUUGUCCCAAGCUCUGGGAGACCGCACCGGUGUUGCUGUUCUUGCAUUUUUCUUUCAGGAAUGGGCAUCUGCAAACAAGAAAUAUGAUGCUCUUGUACGUGCUCUGAAACAUAUCAGGCAGCCCAGCAAUAGCACUACGCUGAAUGGCUUGUCCCUGGAUAUGCUCCUUCCGCCGCAAAGUAAUAGGACAACUUACUUUCGCUAUCAGGGCUCCCUCACUACACCGAGCUGUGCAGAAGCACUCAUCUGGACGGUGUUUGAAAACACCAUUCGUCUCAGCAAGCAACAGCUCGCUGCAUUCUGCCAGCUUAAGUUUUCUAAUGGAAAGCAAAUGGAAAAAACACACCGACCAGUGCAGCCUUUGAAUGGGAGGAAGGUGUAUUACUCUGGAGGCCACAGUGCUUUGGUUAGCUCUACAUUACUCAUCAUUUCAGUGAUGGCAUCCAGCGGACUCUCCCUGCAUGCCCGGGGUUGA